AUGGCCGAGACAGAACAAACGCUCAACCUCCUUACGCUGCCACCCGAGAUCCGCGAGGAGAUCUACCGCCUCAUCCUACAUCCGAACGCAAAUCGCCGCUACCACGAAGACGAAUACACCUCGUAUGACUUCAAGCCAGCGCUCGUCCUCUUCCGAAUCAACCGCCAGAUCUACCUGGAAUCGCGCAAGGUCUUCCGAGAACUAAACACCUUCGUUCGCAUCGAGACACCAUGGGCAGAAACCCAGCAACAUGUACAGUUGGAGGGACAUGUACCCAUCGUGGUGAACAAAGAUCGAGCAUACAACUUCGAAGGACACACGAUGAAUGUGCUGAUUGAUGCGCCGCAUCAUAUGUCGUUAGAGCUGAACAUCCAGCGCUUUAUCAUACUGCUUGAUGAUCUGGAGAAGUUUACCAGGAUGUGGCACUAUGCGGAUCUUACGUACCCUGGACUGAACGAGCAUCUGCGACUCGAACUGCAGCUGAGGGACCCAUACGCCCCUGAUUGGGAAGAGAAACGCAUGACCAAGGCGUUGCAGCGCAGGCUCUUGCUGCCUUUCGGGGAUGUCAAGAAUGUCAACGAGACGGUGGUUGGCGGAGACAUAAAGCCAUAUCAGGCGAUAGAGAAAGAGCUGCGUGAACUUCAAUCGAAGCCACAUCUUUCCCCGGAGCACUGCUUGCGCGAGUCAACCAGGCUCAAGCUCGAAGGAAACGCCGAGCUGAAAGAGGGACGGUAUCGCGAGGCGCUGGAACUGUACAAUCAAGCAUGGCACGCCAUCCAUGUGGUCAUCAAAGGAAGGAAAAGACAUAUUCACGGCGAUGCUUUCUUCGGCCGAGAACUACGCGAGGAGCCUUUCGUUGGCAAGAACGGCCAAGCAGAGCGUCUACUGCUCCGCGUUCAACUUGUGGCGAACACCUGCUUGGCAUACCUCAAACUGGAAGAGUGGGAUCAAUGUCGCUUUUGGGGUCAUAGAAGCAUUAGCAUGCUACGAGAAGCCAUGGGAGCGGAUGAUCGAAUGACCAUCAUUCCAGAGGAGGAAGCUGUCCUCGGCUUCCCAGCUGCCGACCAGAUGGGAAAGAUCUACUACCGAACUGCGGUCGCAUGCAAGAUGCUUGAAGAUGAGAGCGAGGCGAGGAAACUGCUGAGGGUAGCGGCUGUCUAUCUACCUCGAGACGAGAACAUCCGUAGAGAGAUUGCUGCGACGGCGUUGAGGUUGGGAUGA